ACACACACAAUACAUAUACACACAGCAAUUUCCCAGUGAGGUAGGUCCCCCAGCAUUCCCCCACAAUGUGCUGUCACAGCCCUCCCACUCCUGCAACUUGUGUGAGUGUUUCUCUGACAUUCCUGUGCAGAGCGGAGAGGUGGUGAGCUCGGCUGCAGGGAGACAGAACUACAAAUCCAACUCAGAAAACCUCAUUAGGAAAAGCUGGGAUUUUCUCAGAGGGAGAAGAAGAGGUUGCAGCUCGUCCAUCACGCCUCAUUGUGAACUUUUCUGAGCGGAGGGAACUCCAGUUUGGGGGGAAAACUUGCCUACAAGUCAGCUGGGAAGUGUUACAUUUUUCUAACAAGGGAUUUCUAGAAAAGCAUCCUCUUGUUUCCAGUCACAGUUUCCUCCCGUUCUUCUCCUCUCCAUCUCCCUCCCAGGAGGCAAAUUCCAAACUUUGGACUGCCAACUUUUAGCGUUUGGGAAUACUUUGGAGAGGCAAAAAAAUCAGGACAAGGGCAUAUUGUUGCAUACGGAGAGAUCCUGGCUCCUGUAAAGAUGGCUGACGUGGUGCAGCCGGACCCGAACAGUCUACAGCUACCCGGUGAUAAUUUAUCAGCCCCUUCGUCGCCUGCCACAGCUAGAAAUGACUGCAGCAUCACCCCCCUCACACCCUCACCCUCACCGAGGGUGGAGGUCCGACCUAGGAUGUCCUGUCCGUUCUCAGUUGUCGUUGCGAUAGACUUUGGGACGACAUCCAGUGGCUAUGCGUUCAGCUUCACGCAGGACUCAGAAGCCAUACACAUGAUGAAGCGCUGGGAGGGCGGCGACCCUGGAGUGGCCAAUCAGAAGAGCCCGACGUGUCUGCUGCUGACUCCUGAUUUGCGGUUCCACAGCUUUGGGUUUGCAGCACGGGACUUCUACCACGACCUGGACCCAGAGGAGGCCCGUCACUGGCUCUACUUUGAUAAGUUCAAGAUGAAGAUCCACAGCACAAGUGACCUCACCAUGGAGACGGAGCUGGAGGCAGUCAAUGGUCGGCGGGUUAGGGCCAUCGAGGUGUUUGCUCACGCCCUGCAUUUCUUCAGGGAACACGCUCUAAAGGAAGUGAAGGAUCAGUCGUCAUCAGUGCUGGAGGGAGAGGAGAUCAGAUGGGUAAUCACUGUCCCUGCUGUGUGGAGACAACCUGCCAAACAGUUCAUGAGAGAGGCUGCGUACCUGGCUGGUCUGGUGUCUCCCGACUGUCCCGAGCAGCUCCUCAUCGCUCUGGAACCAGAAGCUGCGUCCAUUUACUGCCGCAAGCUCCGCCUCCAUCAGGUGAUCGACCUGAGCUUGCAACCAAUCACAAAUGGCCUCGAUCUGGAGGGGUCCAGGCCCUUCGACUCCAGCUUCAGACAAGCGAGGGAACAGCUGAGGCGAUCCAGACACAGCAGGACGUUCCUGGUGGAGAGUGGGACCGGAGAGCUGUGGUCAGAGCUACAGACUGGUGACAGGUAUGUCGUUGCAGACUGUGGAGGAGGGACAGUUGACCUGACAGUCCAUCAGAUCGAGCAGCCACAGGGGACUCUUAAAGAGCUUUACAAAGCAUCAGGCGGUCCGUAUGGUGCUGUUGGGGUGGACCUGGCCUUCGAAGCCAUGCUGUGCCAGAUCUUUGGCGAGGACUUCAUCCAGAGUUUCAAAGCCAAGCGGCCAGCGGCCUGGGUGGACCUCACCAUCGCAUUCGAGGCGAGGAAACGGACGGCGGCGCCGGGCAGGGCCAAUGCCCUCAACAUCUCCCUGCCCUUCUCUUUCAUCGACUACUACAAGAGACACAGGGGGCAAAGUGUGGAGGCCGCCCUGAGGAGGAGCAACAUGAACAUAGUGAAGUGGUCGUCCCAGGGAAUGCUGCGGCUGACACAGGAAGCCAUGAACGAGCUCUUCCAGCCGACCAUCAUCAAUAUUGUCAAACACAUUGAGGAACUGAUGGUAAAGCCGGAGGUGCGUGGUGUACGUUUCCUCUUCCUGGUUGGUGGUUUUGCGGAGUCGCCCAUGCUGCAGAAAGCAGUCCAGAGAGCAUUGGGGCGGACAUGUCGCAUCAUCAUCCCCCAUGACGUUGGACUGACCAUACUGAAGGGUGCUGUUCUCUUUGGACUGGAUCCCACUGUGGUCAGAGUGCGUCGAUGUCCCCUGACCUACGGUGUUGGCGUCUUGAACCGGUUCGUUGAGGGACGCCACCCUCGUGACAAACUCCUCAUCAAGGAAGGCCGCGAGUGGUGCACCGACAUCCUUGACCGCUUCGUCUCUGUCGACCAGUCGGUGGCUCUGGGGGAGGUCGUGAAACGGAGCUACACGCCAGCUCGUCUGGGCCAACGGAAGAUCAUUAUCAACAUAUACUGCAGCACGACGGACGACGUCACAUACAUCUCUGAUCCUGGAGUCAGGAAGUGCGGGACAAUAACUUUAGACCUGCCAGAACCUUUACCACUACCAGGAGCAGUGGGAGGAGCAGGAGCAGGAGGAGGUCCAGAGAGAAGAGAGAUCAGAGCGACCAUGCAGUUUGGAGACACGGAGAUCAAAGUCACAGCUGUUGACGUCAUGUCUAACCGCUCUGUCCGGGCUUCCAUAGACUUCCUGUCUAACUAAGGAGGAGCAGGAAGGCGAGACAAGGAUUGGAAAACACAGAAAUAACUGAUUUUAGGGACGAUAAUUUUAGAAAAAGCGGUACUUUGGGAGUGGGCGUCGUGUUUUUUUUAGAAAGAACAGGAACUCACAUCUGUGAUUUCGAUAUUUAGACUUUAAAUGUACUCUUAGAGUAGAAACAAGAUCAUGAGAUGAACUUUUUCUCCAGCCUUCACAUGUUCAUACUGAAGGGCAGAGUGCCCUGUCUGCACAGAAAAGAAGACAUCAAUUUGUCAGCCUUCUGGAUUCAUUAAAGAGUUCGCCGGGUCACACCAUAUGGUGCUGUCACAGGCAUUUCCGGCCCAGAAAAUAUUCAGCGGAGCACUUGUGUGAACUCUGGUGGCUGAGUACACGUCCCUGCUACAACAGAUAACUUCUAAUAAUUCAAAAUGUAUUUAGACAAUUUGAUUGUUACCUAGAAAGACUUUACAUAAUGCAUUAUAUGUACUACCUAGAGGUAAACUCAUCUUAAUUGCUCAAUAUGAAGUCUUGUUUUUCCCUUCUUAUACUGAAUUACACAGGAAUAUCUCACAAGUACUUGUCUGAUACCUCAUUUAAAUUCCAUUUUACUAUCUAUAUAUUGUUACAACUACCUGGACUGCAGCUUUGUUUCUUUAGUGUGACUGUGAUUGUGCAUUACCAAGUGGUGAAAAAGGCAGAACUACAAGCUGAAAAUCAUCUCAGACGAUAAAAGCUGUCGGUAUGCAUCAAAACACACGAGGAAGGACUGUGGCACUGUUGCUGAAUUUGCAUGUUUCCUAUAAAGUACGUCAUGUAGUGUUUUACAGUUCAGUUUUUUUUUUCCUCUUUUGCAAAUCAGGAAGAGCUGUAUCCGUGUAUGCUCCAGAUUAUUCCUCACAUGCAUGCAAAAAUGGGAAAUUCAAACCAAACUUAUGUGAUGGGAGCCUGAGCGGAAACUAAGCUUUCAUGUUUAAUGUCUCAACUCAAGGUGCACUUACUAGCCUUUGGUGGUGCUUUCAACCACAUCUCUUUACUACAUGUUACCAUAUGUUUAAACAUGACUGAAGAGCCAUGUAACAGGUAUCACUAUGGCAACUACACCUGAGGAAGACGGGUUGAAUGCAGUUGAAAGCUCUGGAAUAAAAUACCAUGAGUUCUAUUUUUAAUGUAAUCUUAUUAAAGUUUAUAUAUAUAAAAUAAACUUUAGUCCUGCAUAAAGAAAAGUUUAAAGCCAGUAUUUUUUUUGCAUAUGCUGUAAUUAACUGUUUAUGUUAAUGUAACAAAAACAUUAAGAACCAUGUGUGCGACGUCUUGACAGUUUUUUUCCAGCGUGUUUUCUCUCUAACUGUGCAGGUUGUACGAUGAUAUAACAAAGAAUCUUCCUGACUGUACCCUAAUUUUAAGUCAUCCAUGUAAUACGUUAUGUAUUACUUUAAAAUAAAAUAUUACUUCUAACAUACGUUUUACUUAGACCACUUCUUUAAUGCAGUACACCUGCCGCUGAUAUACACUGAUGCACUAUCAGGAAACUCACCCAUGACCAGAUGUUUCAAAUACCACACAUAUGAACAGUCAACAGUACGAUUCCAGCUGUGAAUUUAUUGAUAAGAAUGGUCCAAUAAAUAGUUUUACACAGCGUAACCAGUGAAUGGUUCAGAACUGCUCGAUAUCAGUGCUUUAACUUUGCGUGUUACACAUCAGUUUGCCACAUAACACAAAACCAGAUUCGAAAUUGCGGAGGAGCUUUGAGGUCGGAGAGGAACGGUUAACUUUGAGGAGACAGGAGUGUGUUUGAUUUGAAAGCAAAAGGGGGAACUGUUUGCAUUUUGCUUGUAUUUAAUAUUGUCUCGGUUAAAUGGCUACACGUAGAAGAUGCGGUACUUGAAAUGUUAAACAGACGUUACCAAAUCAAAGUUUCAUUAA